GCUUUCCUCCUCUCCGGAACCGGCUGCGAACGUAGUCGGCUUUCCCGACCGGCGAUCGAAACCAUUCUCAAUCCCGGCUUCGGCCCUAGGUCAUUUACCUAAUUUCAUCCGCACCCACCCCCGUUUUAUUCCAGGAUCGGAGAUUCCCCGCCGUCAUUUCGCCCCGCCGAUUCGUCCUCUCCCUACUCCUCAUUCCAGUUCCAACUCUCGCUAGGUUCCCGCAAGGAAGCAACCUUCUCCCAUCGGGCUGCAGCAACCCAGUUUCCUGACGCUGUUUCCUCGCUUUCUCUUAAUCGAUGCACGCAUCCGAUAAAUUUCUUGAGUUCGUAGAGGCUCUUCUCAAGUUCCCCAAGCGCUGACUGGAGUUAUCGGUGCCUUUAGAUUGCAGUAAUUUCCCGCUUCAUUAUUGUAGGACAAUUCACCCCUCCCCUCUUGCCGGCCACCAAGGGACCAACACCUAUGUUGCUAAACAUUGUCUCUAGAAAUUCCAUUUACUAAAACUCACCUUCCAUAGUGUUCAUUAUCAUUAAGGAAACAUCCAUUUGCAACAUAUUCACCCUGCCUAGCCUGCAGGACAUUGCAUCAUUGCAAGUAGCAUUAUCUGGUUCAUAUUCUUUAACUGAAUUUGAGAUUUAAUUUUGUUGCUUUCAUAGUACUAUUUGAUAGUUACUGAGAAGCUAUCUUCUGGAUUUCUCGUCAACCUGUCCUAGCUUCAGUCCAGUAAAAACGCUUAUUUUUACCUCUCAAUUAAUAUUGUCUCAUUGAACUUACUUUUCAAGAAGAAAAAGAUUGGAUCAGUUAAUGCGCUAAUUGUGCCUCCUCCCUUUAAGCAUCUUGUGCUUUGUAAAGUUUCUGCCUGUCACCAGCCAAACCUUCCUGUCAUGGGUCCUACGAUCAUGAAGCUUCUUGAAGAGGAUGAGGAUGAGAGCAUGCACUCCGGUGCUGAUGUUGAGGCCUUGUUGGCAGCAUUGAACUGUGAUAUUGGCGAUGAUCCGGCUGUGGUUGCUCCACCCUUGGAUCCUGAUGCAAGUGUGUUGAUGCAAGCAAGUAGUUCAGCAUCUGAACAAGUAAUUAGACAGUGGAAAACACCCAGUGAAGUAGGAGAUGACCAGAUUGGACAAAAUGAACAAAACCAACCUUUACAAUCAUUGGAGCAGCAUUCGUCUGGGGGAGAAUUGGUUCAGAGAAGUUCUAUUCAACCUCGAGUGGAGCAGCUCAAUCAUCUAUCGAAACAAGAUCAGAUGACUUUUCAGCAAGAGAUCACGCAUUCAAAUAACUGUCAGCAACAGUCAGAAGCUAAUUCAGUUAAACCUGUGGACAAGGGACCUGAGCAAAGUAAUAUACCAGUCUUGGAUACAAUUGCAGACACAAUGUUGGAUGUUGCCCAGCUUUCUGAGAAGCAGCCGCAGCAGCACAUUGUCCAGCAGUCAAACAGUCAACAAACCCCUAACAUAGCAAAUGCAGCUGCUCAGCCUUCUGAGAGGCAACAACACAUAAUGCAGCAGUCAAAUAGCCGACAAACACUCACUUCUAGUCAAUCAAACAUGGCAUUAAGAACUACUAAAACUGCUUCGUCCAUACCUUUCCACAUGCUGAUUCAAAUUUUAGAACCUCACCUUGACAAUGACAGAUCCAUGCAGCUGCAUUCGAUUUUUAACAAACUCAGGGUAUACAAUUCUAAUAAUGAAGUCAGCAAAGAGGACUUUUUGAGAGUGAUAAGGAAUAUAGUUAGUGAUCAGACGCUUAGACAGGCUGCUCAAAAGGCACAAAUGCAGCAGCUUCAGGCGCAGGCUUCUCAGAACACACAGUCAAAUACAAAUCUAUUUUCAUUACCAGCUCAAGCUUCUUCUCAGCAAGUUUCUCGUGGUGGUACACAGCAGAUAUCUGGAGCUCAAUCAUUUCCAGCACUCCACUCCUUACCAUCUCAGAAUGUUAUAGUCCCUGCAUCUUCUCCUGGUCAACCUCAUGUUCCUGCUUUGCACCCUAACACAGGUCCUCGAGAAGUUGGGAUUGGAUCAAAUGGGAAGGGCCCCCAUCUUGUGCAAAAUUAUUCUAACAGUAUGAAUAUGUCCAGUUCUGAAAGGGAUGGAUUGAUGGGUUCAACACAAUCAAUUAACAGGCAACAGAAGUUGCAAUCAUCUAUUUCAGUGUCCGGUAGCACUAAUAGUUAUAAUACCCAUGCCUAUCCUAGGCCAUCUAUGAACUCCUCGACUUCUUUCAGAGCCAAUCUAGAGUCGCAUCCAAGACCAGUUUCACAUACUCAGGGACUUGUUUCAACGCUAAUAAGACCAACUCAGCCCAUGAAUACAAUGAGAAUGCCUGCAUAUCAACAAAGUUCUAAUAGUGAAGCCAAGAGACCGCAAACUGAUUCCUUGGCAAACCAUUCAACCUCCCUACCUAACCUAAUUGCUUGGCAGAUGUCAGCAAAAAGUAGUAGUGGAUUACAGUCAACUUCUUAUGUCAAUCAAGAGGUGGUUGAUCAAUCAUCUGAACCUCCUAAGGUUCAGUUUUCAUCUUCAGAGACCACUUCAUUUGGUACAUCACAUUUUAACCAAGGGAAUUCAGCAUUUGGUUCAAGUAUGGUGAUAACAAAUCAGGUUUCAGGCUCAGUACCUAGCCAAGCAGAUCAGAAUACACAGCAGGUGACUUCUGCAACUGUACCCCCGCCUGGAUCAACGACAAAAUCUCCAUUAAAGAAACCAUCUGCUGGGCAGAAGAAACCUUUGGAUGCACUAGGCUCAUCUCCGCUGAUGUCCAGCAAGAAGCAGAAAACUGCUGGCACUUCUCUUGAUCAAAGCAUUGAGCAGCUAAAUGAUGUCACUGUUGUUAGUGGAGUUAAUUUAAGGGAAGAGGAGGAGCAGCUGUUAUCGGGCCCAAAAGAAGACAGCCGAGCUUCAGAAGCAACUCGAAGAUUUGUACAAGAAGAAGAAGACAGGUUAAUAUUGCAGAAGGCCCCCCUUCAAAAAAAGAUAUCAGAUAUCAUGUUGAAAUGUGGUUUGAAGAUUAUUGGUGGUGACGUAGAGCGUUGUCUAUCAAUGUGCGUCGAGGAGCAUUUGAAGGGGUUGAUAUCUUAUCUGAUAAGACUGUCAAAACAGAGAGUCGAUAUUGAAAAGUCUAGGCAUCGAUUUGUCAUCACAUCAGAUGUUCGACGCCAGAUUUUUUCAAUGAAUCAGAAAGCUAAGGAAGAGUACAAAACAAAGCAGGUUGAAGGGACUGAAAAACAUAGGAACGUAACUGAUAUGGACGGAAAUACAGAAGUUGAUGCAGAAAAGGACAAAGAGGAUGGUCGUUCUAAAGCCGUUAAGGCUAACAAAGAAGAAGAUGAUAAACUAAGAACAACAGCUGCUAAUGUGGCAGCUCGAGCCGCUGUUGGCGGAGAUGAUAUGCUUUCAAAGUGGCAACUCAUGGCUGAGCGAGCUCGUCAAAAACGUGAAGGUUUUGAUGGGGCGUCUGCUUCCCAGCUAGGUAAAAGUGCAAGCAGUAAAUCUUCACUGAACUUGGGAAUAGGUUCGAGAGAAAUACACGAAUCUGAAAAGAAAGACUCUUCCAUGCCAACAUCUGGUGGUGUGAGGAGAUUUGGGAGGAAUGGCACCCUGGCACAUCCAAAAAUUGCACGCAAUAUCUCUGUUAAAGAUGUGAUUGCAGCCCUUGAGAAGGAACCACAGAUGUCCAAAUCAUCUUUGAUUUAUCGCCUGUAUGAGAAAUCAUCCGGCGAUUCUCCAGCAGCUUAGACUAGGGUGAAGUUUAUGUUUGAUGAAUUUUCAUGUAUAUUCUUUGAGUUUCAGAUGUUUCUACAAGUAAUUGUAGUUGUUUCGGCUAUCAAACUCUCCCUCGAAGAGCUAUUCUGCACUCAAAAUUUUAGCUAAAUGUUGUGUUACUGACUAAACUCUGUGACUA